CCCGUAUUGGCAGUUACAAACGCAGAAGGAAAGAAUAUCUAUUUGAUUGAUUACGAAGUGCGGUGGAUUAAAUUAAUGUGGUAAAUUUUUACUUGUAUUUAAAUGUUAUUACUGGAUGUUUAAUGUAAAAUGGAACAACAAUGAAACCGUCUGUUGAGGUACGUUGUAUAGUGUGUCAACUAGUUUUCUGCUGCGCUGAUUGUCGCCGACGUCACGAGAAAGUAACCCACGGUCUCACGUACGACUGCCCCAUCUGUCGAGGAUUUCAGUUCCUUUGCAAACCAGAACAACUCAAUCUAGACUUCAUCAGACACCUAACUAAAGAACACACCCCCUUACAUUGUAACAAGUGCAACAAAGUCUUCUAUAAAAUGGAAGAUUUCAUAAACAUAGAUAAAUGUACAAGCAUCUCUGAAUUAGUUGGCAAAGAAGCUGAAGCAAGCAAUACCCAACUGAAAGAAGUAGAUGAAAAGUUUGAUUCCCUUUAUGAAAAAGUUAGCAAAUAUGGUGAGAACUAUGAAGGUAUUAUUUCUGUUAAUAAGAACAGUAAAACUGCUGUUAUAACUCCGAUUGUUAGAAAGAAAUAUAUAGUUGAUUACGAGUCUAGCGACAGCGAAGAUGAAGGCAUUAAAUUGGAAGAUAAUAUGACGCCUCAUCCAAAAUUAGUUCCAAAAACUCCUAGAUCGAAAAGGCAAAGGGCUGCUACACCUCAUACAAAAAAGCUGUUGUCUUUGAUGAGGCAGAGAGUUGUUGAAGAGUAUGAGGAAACAAUAGGGGAUGACUUUGAUGGGCCAUCAGUUACUAAGACUACACCAGUGAGAAUCGAGAGUAAUAUAGACCCUCAAAAAGAGAUGACAACCCCGACCUCCCACUUGCCUCACCUGAUCAAGCUAGCUCAGAUUGUAACUACAAGCACCCCCACCCAUCCCGCUGGUAACGGCUGGCCCUUGUUCGCUGACCAGGGAGCUGACUCUCCACUCUCAGAGAUUGAGACCACUGAGAGUGCUGCUCAGAGUAUGAACAUUGAGCCUUCGAAAUCAGAUCUGGAUGCACCAAAACUGAAAAGUAUAAUAGUGACUGGCAGCAAAAUUCGUAUCGCUAGUCAGGACAGCACGGAGAAACAUGUCACCUUCCAGGACUCGAACGAGGGAUCCAUGAAAACUAAGAAGGUCAAGUUUGCUGAUGAUACCGUGUUUGAGCAGGUUAAAGCUAAGAGAGUGUUGAGAAAGCCAAAGCGAAUGCUAACGCCCGGCCCACAAAGGCCAAAAUUCUGCCAAAACCCUCGCUUCCAAGCUUUAAUCAACCGUUUUGAAAAUCAGGGCAUGAUUAUGGCAAGAACUCCGAAAACAAGAGAAAAAACUGCUGACAAUCAGGAAAAUACUCCGUCAGUCGGAGAACCUUCAACCAUGCACGCUCGAGCCAUAAACUUUAAAGAAGACAGUCCCCAAAUCGAAUUAGAGUACUCAAAAGAAUCGAAUGAAUUAUUCAGAACGUGUAUUGCUACUCCAGAAGUAGGCAGAAACGCGAUAUCAGCAUUUACAACGAACAUAGCUGGGACGUUGCAGAACUGUAUCUCAUCUGUUUUAACGAACACGGAAGAAGAAACAGAAAUUCAGUUUAAGUUUGUGAUAACGAAGAAGAAAGUUAGUGUCAAGAGGCUUGUGGAGGAAUGUCAGGUUACGGCAGAUGAGAAAUCGACUGAAAUCGAUAAGAAUCUGGAAUCGAUUAAAGAAAACAUCUGGUCGAGCGUGGCGAGAGCUGUGAAAAAUGUGUUCUUUGGUGAGCAGAGCGGUAAUUUCGCCACAACAACGCCUCACCGCUCCUUCUCCUUCAACUCCUCUUCAUCAUCAGGAAAGCGCAAGUGCGACGAGCUCUCCGAUACAGAGAGUCCAGUGAACCACAAGAGGCACAAGUACGAAGGCAGGAUCAGAGGUCGACCUCCUCUGAGGAGGAGCAAGACCUGUGUGGCGAGCCUUAGAAGCACCAUGUCAGCUGAACAGAAUUCACUCAUCGGAGAACUGAGCAUGAACCCGGAUGAAAAUAUGAAUUUGAGUUUCUGAUUUUUAGGGUUGCUG